CAACGUCUGGCUCCGUCCCACUGCAUUCUUAUGCAAACCAUAAGCUACAAAUCGAAAGUAAAGCCGCGCGUUAAUAGCUGGGUGUAUACGUGUUGUUGCACAGAUAACUUUUUCCACAGAGAGUAGUAGCCGACCAAUAAUCAAGCCAGAUUUAAAGGUGUGAAUAAACAUGGCCACCUUUAUGCUGUUGAAGACCCUGGAUGAGUUGGACUCGGUGCAGCUGAAAAAGUUCCAGUGGCACCUCUGCCAGGGGGGAGGCAGCUUCGAGGGGAUCCCCAGAGGCCGGAUGGAGAAACAGGACAGACAGGACACAGUAGAUCUCAUGGUGACGAAGUGGCCGGAAGAAGCAGUGGCCAUCACUCUGGAGAUCCUGAGGGCGAUGGGUCAGAAUAAUCUAGCAGGGCGACUGGAGGUCCAAAGCAGGGCUUAGUUUGUACCCCUCCCCUCAUCCCCUCCCUCCCCUCUGCUCUCCCCUCCUCUCCCUCCCUCCCCUCUGCUACACCCUCCUCUCUCCCUCCCUCCCCUCUCUCCCCCCUCCUCUCUCUCUACCAGAAGGAGCAAAAGCAGCUGUGGCCCCCUCCUCCUCUCCCCGCAGCGUCUCCUCUUCUGCGCCUCCUUCUACUCAUGUCACCAACACAGCCCAGAAUGGAGCCAUGGUCUUCAACCCUACAUUCGCUGGCUCCAGUAUCGGUGGAGGAGUGUCAAUAACAAUAAACCACCCCCCCCCCCACCUCCAGCUAAACCGUAGCGAUGACGUCUCUCUUAAAAGCCAGAGGCAGGUUCAGACCCUCCUGGAAGAGAUCACUUCACUGCAUUAAUGUAAAAAUAAAACAAAUGUUUGCAAUCCCUCAAAUUAUACAUUCGGUAAUAAAUGAUUGGUUUUGUGUCCCA